CGGUACUGGCUCAUGAAGUCUGAGCCGGAUGUUCGCAUCGAGGACGGUUAUGAGAUCAAGUUCUCUGUUGAUGAUUUGGCUGCCAAGAAGACGCCCGAGGGCUGGGAGGGUAUUCGGAAUUACGUCGCGCGGAAUAACCUGCGAGGUAUGAGAAAGGGCGACAAGGCUUUCUUCUAUCACUCGAACUGUAAAGAGCCUGGUGUUGUUGGUAUCAUGAGUAUAGCCAAGGAGCAUUCGCCCGACUGGAACGCCUGCAUCAAUGACAACCCGUACUACGACGACAGCGCCCCGCACGACGGGAGCAAAUGGAGCCUCGUUCACGUCAAGAUCGAGCACAAGUUCCCGCGCAUCGUGCCGCUGAGCCUCCUGAAGGAGUCGCGGAGUCACGGCCCGCUGCAGAACAUGGAGCUGCUGAAGCAGUCCCGUCUCAGCGUAAACAAGGUUACGCGGGAGGAGUGGGAUGAAGUCAUCCGCAUGGCGAAGGAGCUCGACGAGGACAAGGAGUGGGAUCAGACUGUCGAGGAGUCGAAGAAGUUUCCUAACUAUUCGGCUGCAUGA